CCGUGAAGUCUGAGCAAGGGGUGGAAGCGUGAGGAGGGGGGGCACAUCGAAAUCGAAUGCGUUCCAUCAGCACCAUAGAGUCUACCGCAGCACUAUUUCCACCCUGGUCCGGCAACCCAAGGCCGUCACUUAGUGGUGAGUUGUUAACAAGUCAGGAAGACAGCACUAGGGACACUCAGAAUUUUGGCUCAUUUCUUGUGGAAGUAGUAACCAAGGACCAGACAUUGUGGGUGUUUACUGUGGCUCUUGACGCCAUCUUUGAUGUGUUUGCAGACGAUCAUCUGGACCUGUUGUCAUGGAGAUCAGGGUCACAAACAAACUCCAGACCUUAUGGUACCACAGCUAAUAGCUAAGGUAAAACUGUUCCAUGUGGUAUUUAUUUAUUUAUUUAUUUAUUUAUCAAAACAGUUAAAGAAAUAUAUCAGGACUUGCAUUGGGCAAUAUGAAAAAGAUGCAUGUUUUCUUCCUAAUUUACAAAUGAUUCCUGCAGUUGGGUUAAUUUUUUAUUAUUAUUGUUGGCCAUCACCUGAAGGAUAUUCACCAACUCAAAACAGUUGACUCAAACAGUCAUCACCAGAGAUGCAAACUUCAACCUAGACAGAAUGGAGUAAAUAGUGCAAAUUUAGUGGAAAUAGUGACACAAAAUACAAACAUUUCCCCAUUGGUCAAGCUUGCUUACAUGAACUGUCGAUCAGUAUGAAACAAGGGAUUGAUCAUUCAGGAUAUUAUAAUUGAGAACAAUUUUGACUUUGUUUCAAUGGUGGAAACAUGGAUCACUACUGAUUUACAACAAACCUUGACAGCUGACUUUUUACCCAAGAGGAUACCAAUGUGUGCAGAUACCACGAGAAACACUCAGGGUGGAGGAGUGGCAUUCCUAGCCAAGAACAAUUUUAAAGUUAAAAGGGUACCUAAAGUGCUCUCUCCCACUUCUUUCGAGUA